UGAAACCGGAAGUGUUCACCAACCUGGAGCCACGGCAUAUUUGCUGAAAACAAACUUCAUUUCGAGAUAUUUUUUACGCAGAAGACAUGGACUUGUGUGCUAACAAGGCGAACCAGGACUGCGUCCAGAAGUUGAAAAUAGCAACCAAAGAAAAACUUCGAAAAUUCAACAGUUUACGCGGUCGGGAAGUUGCGUGUGGUUCUUUUUGGGAUGUGGUUGUGGUGACUGCUGCUGACGAGAGGCAGAAAGAUGCUUACGAGCUUCAAAUAAGAGAAAAAAUGGAUAGGAAAGAACUCCCGCUUGGAAUUGACUACAAAGUCUUCUCGGAUCCUGCAGGAUGUAAAAUAGGUAAUGGCGGUUCUACCCUGUGUGCUCUCCAGCAUCUCAGUGACCUCUAUGGCAAAACGCUUUCCCAGAUGAAACUCAUCCUGAUUCAUGCAGGUGGGUCGAGUCAGCGCCUGCCCAGUGCCAGCGCACUGGGUAAGAUUUUCACCGCCAUGCCACUGGGUGAACCUCUCUACCAGAUGCUGGAGCUCAAACUAGCUACGUAUGUAGAUUUCCCUGCUCACAUGAAGCCCGGUGUGCUGGUGACAUGCGCGGACGACAUUGAACUCUACAGUAUCGCCGUGGAUGAGAAUGUCACGUUCCACAAGCCCGGCUUCACGGCUUUAGCCCACCCUUCACCGCUGUCCAUCGGCACCACCCACGGCGUGUUUGUUUUGGAGCCUUGCGAGGACACCGACUGGUCGGAAAUGGAGAACAGAACCUGUUCGCGCUUUCUCCACAAACCGAGCGUUGAUAAAAUGCGAGAAACGGGUGCCGUUUGUCCAAGGAGAAGCUGUUGUUCCCCUCUGUCUGAUAACGAGUUUGUUUACACGGACAGUACCUACUAUGUGGACUUUGGUACAUUGCAACGUCUACUUGAAGUGCGCAAAGAGGUCGGACCGUUGGAGUGCGAGAUUGACGCGUACGGUGAUUUUCUCCAAGCAUUAGGUCCGAAAGCUUCAAUUGAAUACACCCACAAUACUGCAAAUGUCAUCAAAGAGGACGUUAGUCUGGUAGAAAUCCGCCAGAAGAUUUUCCGUCUUCUCCGUGGAACGCCGCUGAACGUGAUACUUCUGAACAACUCCAAGUUUUACCACAUCGGAACCACCACGGAAUACCUAUUACACCUCACCAAGGAUGACGCCCUGAGGAGCGAGCUAGGUCUCUUGUCAUCCGCGUUUAGCGUGGACCCUAAAGAAAAGGCAGAUUCGCCGUCCUGCGUCAUGCAUAGCGUACUGAAACCGAGUUGUUGUGUGGGAGAUGGAUCUGUGGUGGAGUACUCAAAACUAGGGAAUGGGGUGUCCAUAGGCAGGAGUGCAGUGGUCAGCAACUGCUGGGUCAGUGCUGGUACUUCAGUGCCGGAUGGAGUCUUCAUGCAUACUUUGUGUGUGGCCCAACAGGAAAAAAACAAUUUUGUAACCAUCGCCUUUGGAAUUAACGACAAUUUGAAACAGUGUGUGGACAGUACCGUCUCUUUGAAAACGUUGACUAUUUUUGGGGUGACUCUAGAAACCUGUGCGUCCCUCUGGGGAAUGGACAACCAUGGUUUUCGGUUCUCAGGUGAUAUGUCCAGUUGUAGUUUGUGGACUGCUUGUUUGUUUCCCGUUUGCGAGGACCAAAAAGGUUCGUUCUCCCUGUCGCUCAAGAUGCUUCAAGCCCUCCUGGAUCGAUGUGAUUUCACUUUACUAAAAGACAUAAAGCUAAUAUCUAUGCAUGAAGCCUUACAGUGUAAGAACCUGCAGGAGAUGUUGAACUUCCAGAAGGGACUUUAUCACGACAUCAUACAGAGAUCCUGAAGCAGUUAGCAAUCUUAAAGGGACGGACACCUAGUUUGCUUGGAGUCCAUCCCAGCUAAAUGAACAAUAGGCAGGGUCAUGAUGAAUAUAUAUACUUGUUAUUUUCAUACCAUAAACCACACACACCAAAUUUUAAAACAAAACUAUUUUUCCAUAUACACAAUGGGGGAAUAAAAAAAGACUGUAGUGAGAUAUAACUACUUUAUUUUAUUCAGAACAUCAUAUUAGAAUAGAAUAGAAUGCAAUAGAAUAGCCCUUUAUUGUCAUUAUACAGUUGUACAAUGAAAUUGUGAAGCUUCUCCCUUUACAGUGCAGGACAAGUAAAAAUCUCAAAAGUGACUUGCAAGUAUAAAAAUGUAAAAUUUAAGAUAAAUAUAAAAUGUGUAUGAGGUAGUCCUAUGUUCAGGCAGCGCAAAUAAUCGAAGUGAAGUAGCAGUUGACAGUGAAGGCAUUGGAAUAUUGCACGUUAAUAUUGCACGUAAAUAGUAUUGCACAUAGAAUAAAGUGGGGCAAAUAACUAUGUAAUCAACCACUAAUUGUGCAAGUUCUCCCACUUGAAAAUAUUAGAGGGGCCAGUUAUUGUCAACAUGGGUAAACCUCAACCAUGAGAGACAGAAUGUGGAAAAAAAAACAGAAAAUCACAUUGUUUGAUUUUUAAAGAAUUUAUUUGCAAAUCAUGGUGGAAAAUAAGUAUUUGGUCAAUACCAAAAGUUCAUCUCAAUACUUUGUAAUGUACCCUUUGUUGGCAAUAACGGAGGCCAAACGUUUUCUGUAUCUCUUCACAAGCUUUUCACACACUUUUGCUGGUAUUUUGGCCCAUUCCUCCAUGCAGAUCUCCUCUAGAGCAGUGAUGUUUUGGGUCUGUCGUUGGGCAAUACGGACUUUCAACUCCCUCCACAGAUUUUCCAUGGGGUUGAAAUCUGGAGACUGGCUAGGCCACUCCAGGACCUUGAAAUGCUUCUUACGAAGCCACUCCUUUGUUGCCCUGGCUGUGUGUUUGGGAUUAUUGUCAUGGUGAAAGACCCAGCCACGUCACAUCUUCAAUGCCCUUGCUGAUGGAAGGAGAUUUUCACUCAAAAUCUCUCGAUACAUGGCCCCAUUCAUUCUUUCCUUUACACAGAUCAGUCCUCCUGGUCCCUUUGCAGAAAAACGGCCCAAAGCAUGAUGUUUCCACCUCCAUGCUUCACAGUGGGUAUGGUAUUCUUCGGAUGCAAUUCAAUAUUCUUUCUCCUCCAAACACGAAAACCUGUGUUUCUACCAAAAAGUUCUAUUUUGGUUUCAUCUGACCAUAACACAUUCUCCCAGUCCGCUUCUGGAUCAUCCAAAUGCUCUCCAGCGAAGCGCAGACGGGCCUGGACGUGUACUUUCUUCAGCAGUGGGACAUGUCUGGUAGUGCGGGAUUUGAGUCCCUGGCGGCACAUUGUGUUACUAAUAGUAGCCUUUGUUACUGUGGUCCCAGCUCUCUGUAGGUCAUUCACUAGGUCCCCCCGUGUGGUUCUGGGUUUUGUGCUCACCGUUCUUGUUAUCAUUUUGACGCCACGGGGUGAGAUCUUGCAUGGAGCCCCAGAUCGAGGGAGAUUAUCAGUGGUCUUGUAUGUCUUCCAUUUUCUAAUAAUUGCUCCCAAAGUUGAUUUCUUUACACCAAGCGUUUUACCUAUUGCAGAUUCAGUCUUCCCAGCCUGGUGCAGGUCUACAAUUUUGUCUCUGGUGUCCUUCGACAGCUCUUUGGUCUUGGCCAUAGUGGAGUUUGGAGUGUGACUGACUGAGAUUGUGGACAGUUGUCUUUUAUACCGAUAAUGAGUUAAAACAGGUGCCAUUAAUACAGGUAACGAGUGGAGCCUCGUUAGAAGAAGUUAGACCACUUUGACAGCCAGAAAUCUUGCUUGUUUGUAGGUGACCAAAUACUUAUUUUCCAUUCUAAUUUUGAAAUCUUUAAAAAUCAAAUAUUGUGAUUUUCUGUUUUUUUCCAUAUUCUGUCUCUCAUGGUUGAGGUUUACCCAUGUUGACAAUUACAGGCCUCUCGAAUCUUUUCAAGUAGGACAACUGACUAAAUACUUAUUUUCCCCACUGUAUGUGUAAAUAGAAGUGAAGUAGCAGCAGUUGACAGUGCAGGCAUUGAUUGUUGUACGUUGAUAUUGCACGUAAGUAGUAUUGCACAUAGAAUAUUGCAUGUAAAUGAAUAUUGGACAUUAAAAAUAAACUAGUUUUAACCGAAUUCUAUUUUUAUAACGAAAUUAAGAAAUAGCAACACCUAUAAAAAUUUGGGGCUUUCCUUUUUGGCGGGGUGUGUCACCCUGUAUAAGCCGCACCAACUAUAAGCCACAUGGAUAUUCACAAUGAAAGACAUGAUAGAAGACAUGCACCUCAUUAGCCUGUAAAAAUCAAAAUGGAAGCUGCUUUGGACUGUAAAUUGCAGGGUUCAAAGGGGAGGGAAAAAGUAGCGGCUUAUAGUCCAAAAUUGCCUUCCACCAGGUUUCUUUAAUGCUUUUUUGAAAACUUUUAAAUGAUUCAUUGUAUGCAAAAGGUGAAAUAGAAUUAUAAGGCCCCGAACAGUCAAAAAUGUUGAUGAAAUGAAAAUUAUAGGAGCAAACGUGACAUUUUCAGAGGUUGAAGUGCAGAACACAAGUACCACAUUUUGCGGACUUUAUAUCACAUGGUUUUUCAGAGUUUGGCUAAGCUUGCGUCUAAAUCUUAGGUGCGACUUAAUGUUUUUUUGGCUAUUGUCAUCUGAAUAACUUUUAAUGUUGUGUUAACGGACACCUUUUUAGCCUGUUGUUCUCCAUUUUAUUGUAAUUACUAUAAUGUUCUUGGUCACUGAUAAAAUAAAAUUGCCCCCCAAAAAUGCAACUUAUACAGUAUCCUGGUGUGACAUGUUUGGUUUUCUUCCUAUUCGUUGUGCAUAAUUUGAGCUGGUGCGACUUACUGUAUAGUGAAAAGAUUUUGAGAGUCAGAAUUUUUUUCUAUAAUUUUUGGUGGCGAUUGUUUGCUGUUUUGUCAUACUAAACCUGGCUACAAUAUGAUAAAUAGGGGUGUGACAAAAUAUCGAAAUGGUGAUAUAUCGUGAUACUUUGUAUCCCAAAAGGUUAUCGAUAUGCUCCUGCAAAGAAUCGAGAUAUCGUUUUAAAAAGGUGUCAAUGUUUUAAAAAAAAAAAAAAAAAAAAAAAAGAGGAACCAACAAGUUGUUAUCAAAAUCUUCCACCAUAAUAACAACCCCUAGCAAAAAGUAUGCAAUCACCAGUCUCGGACGAGCACUCACUCAGACAUUUUAUCAUGUAGAACAAACUCUGAUAGAAAGCUUGGGAAAAAAAUGAAUUAGUUCAAAAGUUCAACUCUUGAGCAUUCAGAAACACUAAAAGUAAUGAAUAAAAAACAUUGUGGUGGUCAGUAAAUGUUAAAUUUAUAGAGCAAGUGCAGGGAAAUAUUUAUGGAAUCACUCAAUUCUGAGAAAAAAAAUAUGGAAUCAUGAGAAACAAAGAAAUAACAAUCAAAACACAUCUCUAGUAUUUAGUAGCACCACCUCUGGCUUUUAUGACAGCUUGCAGUCUUUGAGGUAUGGACUUAAUGAGUAUUCUUCAUCAAUUUGGUGCCAACUCUCUUUGAUUGCAGGUGCCAGAUCAUCCUUGCCAAUUUCCACUACAGGUUAUCAAUAGGGUUGACAUCUGGGCUAUUUGC